AUGCAAAAGAGGAAAACACACAACAAGUCACGCCGUGGGUGUGUCAAUUGCAAGAAGAGACAUGUCAAGUGUGACGAACAAGGCCCGCCGUGUGCCAAUUGCGUUAUUCGCAAGACGACAUCGACCUGCUUCUACCCAAAAUCUGCCAAAGACCUUGCGCGUGAUACCAUCAAGGAGAUCUCCAUCCGGCCCAAGUCGGACACGUGCAAGACGCGAGGGCCCUCGGUUGUCACCGUCACGUACCGUGGCUCUUCCAGACCUGAGGACACGUCACAAUCCGUCGGCCACCGAUCAUCACAGUCACUAUCAAGAUCCCUGAGUCCUUCGCCCGCCGCCUUCUCCAGCAUCUCCUCCAACGAACGCCUCCUUGAGCUCGAGCUGAUGCACCGCUGGUCGACCCGCACCUGGGCCGUUCUCUACUCCAUACCAGAAGACCAGCCCUUUCUCCAGGUCGUUCUACCCCGUGCUGGCCUUCGCCAUGGCUAUGUCAUGAAUGGCAUCUUCGCCAUCACCGCCCUCGACCUCGCCCGAGAGCGGAGUCCCACCGAAGCACGUAUGUACCGUCGAGCGGCCCUCGAAUACAGCAACAAGGCGAGCGUCGACUUUCGAUCCAAUCUCAGCGAUAUCACCGCCGAUAACAUUUGCUAUCUCUUCUACUUUGCCAUGAUCUCCGCCUUCUUCAACUUUGCCAUGCCUCCCUUACCGACCGAGACACUCACCUGCACCGACCGCAUCACGAUCGCAUUUGACAUGAUCCUCGGGGCCUCGCGCAUCGCCUGGACAAACUUUGACUGGAUGAUCCAAGGCCCUGACUCGACGAGCAUCGUCAUGGAGAGGUACACUGUCGACCUCAGCCUUGUCAACGACAUUGACGGCGAUACCAUGAUCGCCCUGAACCACCUCUCCACCGUCGUCCGCGAGCUGCGCCAGCCUGGACCGGACGGCACCCCCGGCAAGGGCCCCAUUGCCAACGAGCUCUGGGAGUACCAGCUCGCCGUCGGCCAGACGAAAUAUUGCUUUGCUGAAGAGCGCCUCAACCGCCUCAAGUGCUACUACCUCUCCCUCAUCACCGUCGCUGGCGUCGACUUUGCCACCCGUCUCCGCGCCCGCGAGCCCAUGGCCCUGUUCAUCAUCAUGUACUGGGCCGUGCUGCUGCACCGCGCCAACGACGACCCCAUGGUGUGGUGGUCCACAGCAUGGAUGAGCAAGAGUACCGUGGGCCAUGACCUUGUGGCUGAGACGUCAGAGGCUUUGAUCCAUUCACCCAUUGCCCAAAUACCCGAGGGGAGGAAAGGGAUUGCAUGGACGAGGGACCAAGUGGGUUUGCCGCCGCUGGAAGGGUUUGACCUGUACGAGAAGCCAACAACGUUAGAGAUGGAAAUGGUGUUUGGAGAAGAGUCUCUGGCGGAUGCCAAAUUGAUUGAAGCGUAG